AUGAAAGUGACUUCGCACAGCCCUGAUUUGCAGACGCUGUGUGCAGAGAUUCAGGAGCAGAAGUUCCAUUUUUCCCAGCAUGCCACAGCAGUGGAGGUGUACGAGGGGGCAGAGUCUGUUCUGCUGCCCUGUCAGUUACUAGCUGCUCCCAGUGAGUUCACAGCAGCAGUGUGGGACCGCAAGGACCUGAACAUCCCAACAGUCCAUGUUCGUGUGAAGAGUGGUGAUGAUUUGGAUGACCAAAACCAGCGUUACACCAACCGAACAUCAAUGAGUGCUGAUGCUCUGCAAACUGGAGACCUCAGCCUCACUCUGAGAAACCCGACAGUCUCUGACAGUGGAACCUACACCUGCAUCCUCCGCAUCAUUGGACGAGAUGUGAGCUGGAUUUACUUACAACUGAAGGUCACAGAACCUCCUCCUCUACCUCCUCCAGUCUGGCCCAAAGUUCUCUCAGCUGUCUUGGUUCCUGUGGUUGUCCUGGCUAUUUGCUGUGGUAUCGGCAUGUUUUGUGGAUAUAAAAGGCUGAAAAAUAAAGAAGUUCAAGAAGUGGAGGUGGAUACAGGUGUGAGGUCUGCCAAGCUGCCCUUCAAAGCCACAGUUCACCUGUCUCAAAUAAAUAAGGUUGUGUGGAAGAACAGAAAUAACAGGAACGUCCAUGUGUACGAGAAUGGCUCUGACCAUCCAGAAAAACAGGAUCGACAUUACAGACACCGAACAGAAAUUAAUAAAAAACUGCUGAAGACUGGAGACCUCAGUCUGACACUGAAAUACCCCACACACACAGCCAGAGACACCUACACCUGCACCGCCUACAGCAUGGAGGGAAAAGUCCUGAUGGAGAAAAAAGUGGAGCUGAAAGUCUCAGAGUGUAAGCUGGAGGUGGAGGAAGGGGCGGAGUCUGUUUGUCUGCCCUUUCAAACCACAGAAAACCAGCCUGAAGACACUGAAGUGGUGUGGGAACGCCAUGAACCCGAAUACAUGAAGGUCCACGUGUAUGAGAACGGCUGUGACCGGCCUGACAAACAGGACGACCAUUACAGAGGUCGCACUAAGAUGAAGAAAGACCUGCUGACCACUGGAGACCUCAGUCUGAUCCUGAAAGACCCCAAAGUGGGAGACAGUGGGAAAUACGGCUGUCAGGUCAACAGCAAGGAGGCCUGGAGAUAUAAGAGGUUGUGGCUCACAGUCACAGGGAAUAAUCAGGCCAAGAAACACACAGAAGACACCAGGAUCAGCUCCACUGAUCAUUUAGUUUGAUAUGAUUGUUCGAUUAUUGAUCUGACCUGUACGAUUUAUACAUUAGUCUAUAUAAAAUGUACACAAGAAUUCAUGAAAUAAAUCCAUUUUUCUCUGCUUACCCAAUUCAGAUUCAGGAGGGUGUCGUGUCAGAUUUUUUUAUUUUUAUGUAUUGAUUAAUAUCACUUUCUCACUUAGUUCGCCUUAGCCUUAUGGUAUAUCAUAUAUAUAUAUGG